GGGGAGUCUAAAUCAAGCGCGAACAUGAAUCCUGGAUUACCAUGUGAUGAUUUCCUUCAGUCGGCAAAAUUGCUCAAUUUAUGGAGGAAGUCUGAUGAUCGCGUGAGAUAUGAGCUUAAUGCUCAGUUACCAACAGUGUCAUUUCAAAAUAAAGUAGAUUGUUCUACUAAAUGUGACGAAUUCAUUGAAAAGAUGCUGACAGAUCAUGAAGGACGCAGUAAAGCUAUCAAGGAUUGUAUCAGAUAUUCAACUGACAAACUUCAAUCAUUAAAUAGUUCUUAUUCUGAAAACAGUGACGAUGUGAACAAGAAACAGAUAGCACGUGAAAUAAAAAAGAAACAGCUCCUGUUACGACAAUUUCAAAGUGAAUUGUUGGAAGAAGAAGUAAUUCAAACUGCAGCUUUAAAAGUGAUAUAUGAACGAUGUCGUGAACAUUCUAGGCAUCCAAUUUUUGAAAAAUUUAAGUGAUGAUUCCAAUUAUGUAAAAUUUCAACUAGGCUUUUCUUUAUAGUAACUUGUUUAUUCAAUGUACAUGUGUGUUUGAUUUUCUGUAACAAUUUUGCUCACAGCAUUUGUACUGAAUAACUUGAUUCUUUGUAUUUUAUUUGAUUAUUACAUAAGUAGUUGCGUAUUGAGUA